ACCACUUCCACCCACAACACUGACCACUCACUCACUCUCCCUCCCUCCCACUCCAUCUCCUUCGCCCUGCUCUGCCUGUCGCCCUCACACCUCCGACGACACGGUAUAGCCCCACUUCCCUGGGAGAAGGCUGCCUCGCGCAGCAUCGCGGUACAUCUCCUCCAUCAACAUGUCCAACACCGAUUUCCUCGGCCGCGCGAUCGAGCAGGUCAAAAAAGCCAUCGAACUAGACACUUCCGGCGACUAUGAAAAAGCCUACCAGCAAUACUACUCUUCCCUCGAACUGUUCAUGCUCGCGCUCAAAUGGGAAAAGAACCAGAAAUCAAAGGAGAUGAUACGCCAGAAGGCAGCGGAGUACAUGGAACGCGCGGAGAAGCUCAAGAAUCACUUAGCCGAGCAGGACGGGAAACGGAAACCUGCGGCCAUGGGCGCGAAUGGGACGGCGUCGAAUGGCAGUGGGAAGGCCAAGGGGGACGACGAGGAGCAAGAUGCGGAUUCCAAGAAAUUGCGGGGUGCGUUGGCGGGAGCCAUCUUGACUGAUAAGCCCAAUAUCAAGUGGGAGGAUGUUGCUGGACUGGAAGCUGCCAAGGAGGCGUUGAAAGAGGCUGUCAUUCUACCGAUCAAGUUUCCACAUUUGUUUACGGGCAAGAGGCAGCCCUGGAAAGGAAUUCUAUUAUAUGGACCGCCGGGGACGGGAAAGUCGUAUCUGGCAAAGGCUGUUGCGACGGAGGCGAAUAGUACGUUUUUCAGCGUAUCUUCCUCGGACCUGGUGUCCAAGUGGAUGGGAGAAUCGGAGCGCCUCGUGAAACAACUGUUCAACCUCGCGCGCGAAAACCGCCCCUCAAUCAUCUUCAUCGACGAAAUUGACGCCCUCUGCGGUCCCCGCGGGGAAGGCGAGAGCGAAGCUUCGCGCAGAAUCAAGACGGAACUCCUCGUGCAAAUGGACGGUGUAGGUCGCGAUAGCAAAGGCGUACUAAUUCUGGGAGCCACCAACAUCCCCUGGCAACUUGACGCAGCAAUCCGAAGACGUUUCCAACGAAGAGUCCACAUCUCGCUCCCCGACUUCCCCGCAAGAUGCAAAAUGUUCGAAUUGGCCGUCGGUGGCACCCCCUGCGAACUUGGACCCGAAGAUUAUAAAUCUCUGGCCAAGUAUUCCGAGGGGUAUUCCGGAUCAGACAUUAGUAUUGCUGUGCAAGAUGCGUUGAUGCAGCCAGUACGGAAAAUCCAAACCGCGACGCAUUACAAGGAAGUGGAAGUGGAUGAUCCAGAGGGCAGUGGGAAGAAACUUGCGAAACUGACUCCUUGUAGUCCCGGGGAUGCCGGGGCAAAGGAAAUGAAUUGGACGCAGGUCGAGACGGAGCAAUUGCUUGAACCUCCUUUGCAGGUGAAAGACUUUAUCAAAGCCAUCAAGGGGAGUCGGCCGACGGUGAGCAAGGAGGAUUUGGUGCAUAAUGCGGAGUGGACCAAAGAGUUUGGUAGUGAGGGCGCUUGAGGAGGAGCAGAUUCAGGGCGAAGAGACGGCAAAUGAGGGAAUGAAUGAUAGGUAUGACAUGGAACUGCGCAGCGCAGCACUGGGAGGAGAGGGAUUUUUUCUCGUAACAUGAAAGCAUGUCAACAGACAAGACGGACAAUUGAGCGUUUUUUUCUUCUCUCUAAAUUAUGAUGAUGCAGAUGAC